CCACUGUUUAAAUUCAGGAGGAUGUUCGCCCUUGCUCAAACUGCCGGAUGAGCAGCGCUGUGGGACGUGUUGUGUUUUUUUUUUUUCACUCACGGGUGGUUUCCAUAUGGUUCCUCCGUGGUGAGGCGUAUUUUACUCCUCUGGGAGGCUUCAAGCUUCACUGCCAGCUCCGCUAAUUAGCCUCGUUUGGCUCUGGAAAGACCAUUGCGAGAGAGGAUCUCCAAUGGACCUAUCUGCUGGUCGUCCGUGUAGAUGCGUCAGAGUGUGGAGGGGCGGUGCACCGCGGGCGAGGUGAUCCCCGAGUUUAAAAACGCCAGAAGUCCUCCGCGCGCCGGAGUAGUGCGUCACAGCGACCCAGCAGAGCCAGGAUCCCCCGACACACAGUUAUCUCAACACGGCGACGAAAAUAGAUUUUCUGAGACAACACGUCCGCGCCAGUCAUGAUCUUAUUCCACUUGUUUUAAUAUUUUUGACGCACGCCGCUAAGAUUUUUCUAUCUUGGAUGCGCCUUUUCUCCAUAUUUUAAAUAGAAACAAGUCAGCCAAGGCCUUUUGACUUUGACAUUACUCAUUCUCGUUGUUUGUUGGCGGCGAUACAGCGAGAGAGGAUCCUAAGAAACAGCUGGGGAAUAUAAUAAACUCCGCUAUAUGGAUAAGGAAUCGUUCCCAUCUGCAACUGUACACAGAGUUUGAUCUCAGACGUUGCUCUCUUCUCAUAGAAGAAAAUGAAAUCUGCUGAAGAGGAUGCAUAUGGCUACAUGCCAAAUGUCAGUCUGUCCCUCCCACUGGGCAACCCUUGUCUUCCUUCCCAGUACCACAGCCUCCAGACCAGCCCCACCAUAUCUGUCUCUGUUACCGAGCCUCACAGUUAUGACACCCAGGAUGACAUGAGAGCCGCCGGCUACUAUUCAGCCUCAAGCAUCCGCCCAAAUGGAGCCCCGACUUUGGAGAGCCCUCGUAUCGAGAUCACAGCGUAUGGCCAGUUUCCUGAGGAUGAGGUGGAGGAGAGCAGCCUUCCCGUUGCCAAGCGAGUCAACUCCAUAGUGACACUGACUCUCCCCAGUGCAGAUGGCUAUCGUGACCCCAGCUGCCUGAGUCCAGCCAGCAGCAUCUCAUCUCGCAGCUGCCAAUCAGACGCCUCCUCCUACGAGUCAAGCUUCUCUUACAACUAUGACAACUCACCCCAGAACUCCCCCUGGCAGUCUCCCUCUGUGUCCCCCAAGGGCUCCACCCUGGCCCUGCCAGGUGAUGGCUGCGCCUCUGGUGGCUCUGCUCGCCACUCCCCCUCCACCUCCCCUCGCACUAGUGUGACAGAUGACACCUGGAUGGGUCAGCGUAACUCCAGGCCCAACUCCCCUUGUGGCGCAAAAAGGAAGUACAGCUUCAACGGCAGUGGAGUGCCUCACAAGCACUAUCCCUACUCACCCAACCACUCCCCUGGACUGUCCCCGCAGACCUCCCCUCGUCUGAGUGUCACUGAGGAGACCUGGCUGCCAAAUACCAACCAGUAUACCAAUUCAGCCAUCUUGGCAGCCAUCAAUGCCUUAAGCACAGAUGGGCUGGUUGACCUCGGAGAGGGAAUCCCCAUGAAGGCCCGGAAAACCAGCCUGGAGCACAGCCCUACAGUUAGCCUGAAGAUGGAGCCUGGAGGUGAGGAGCUGAGUCCAGGGCAGCUCUGUGAGGACGAGCACCCCUCAAAACGCCUGUCACUAAAGAAGGAAGGCUACUGUGCAGGGUUUCUGGAUGUGCCACAACACCCAUAUUCUUGGUCCAAGCCAAAGCAGUAUGUAAGCCCGUCCCUGCCAGCUCUCGACUGGCAGCUGCCAUCCAGCUCAGGGCCGUACAGCCUGCAGAUCGAAGUGCAGCCCAAGUCCCACCACCGGGCCCAUUAUGAGACAGAGGGCAGCAGGGGAGCAGUGAAGGCCCUGGCAGGAGGACACCCAGUUGUUCAGCUCCAUGGCUACAUGGAGAGUGAGCCUUUGACCCUGCAGCUGUUUAUCGGCACAGCUGACGACAGGAUGCUGAGGCCCCACGCCUUCUACCAGGUCCACCGCAUCACUGGGAAGACGGUGUCCACACCGAGCCACGAGGCCUUGCACAACAACACCAAGGUGCUGGAGAUCCCACUGUUGCCAGAGAACAACAUGCGGGCCAUAAUUGACUGCGCAGGGAUCUUGAAGCUGCGUAAUUCAGAUAUUGAGCUGCGGAAGGGGGAGACCGACAUCGGUCGUAAGAACACACGUGUGCGGAUGGUUUUCAGAGUUCACAUCAACCAGGCCACAGGCAGAACAGUGUCCCUGCAAGCUGCAUCCAACCCCAUUGAGUGCUCUCAAAGAUCAGCCCAGGAACUGCCGCUGGUGGACAAGCAGAGCUUGGAGACGAGUCCCGCCCCCGGAGGGGAGAGGAUGCUCCUGGAUGGACACAACUUCCAGCACGACUCCAAGGUGGUGUUUGUGGAAAAGGCUCAAGACGGCCACCACCUCUGGGAGACUGAGGCCAAGGUUGAGAGAGAUGCCUCAAAGCCUAAUUUGCUCAUGGUUGAAAUCCCUCCCUAUCGCAACCAAAGACUCUCGACUCCUGUUCGUGUGAACUUCUACGUCUGCAACGGCAAAAGGAAAAGGAGCCAGUAUCAGUGCUUCACCUACGUCCCUGCCAGCGUUCCAACAAUAAAGACGGAGCCACAUGAUGACUAUGACGCCCCCUUGGUGUGCAUCCAGCAUGGCUCCACACCAUCUUUGAACCCAAAGCCAUACUUUCCCCCACAGGUCAUGAUCCCGAUGAUGACCUCUGACCUCAGGCAGUGUAUUGUAGGCGGGGCUUACCCUAUCAGCCAGCAGAGAUUGGCAGCCAAGCCCUCCUUGCUGCCCUCCUCCUCCUCUCCGAGUACCAGCCCCAAACUGCAAGACCUGUCGCCAUCACCCUUCUCCAAGUGCCUCCCUGCCAGCCCAGCAGUCCCACACCAAAGCCCCCAGUCUCCGGUGUCUCACAUCUCCAUUAUCCAGGAGACUCCCGGGCGCUACCAGCCAUCCAGCAGCUCCUCCCCGAGCUCGCAGUCCUCCACCUCGACUGACGCUCCCUUUUCUCCAGCCCAGUGCAUGACACCAGCCCAGCCAGUCGGCAGCAGCACCAGCCCAGGGGCCCAGCAACACCCCAAGGUGCCAGAGAGAGGGCGGUGCUCCCUGCAGGAGGACAGCAGCCCCCCAACACUGGCUGUCAGCAUCAAGCAAGAACCACAGGAGCUGGACCAGAUGUAUCUGGAUGAUGUCAAUGAGAUCAUCAGGAACGACCUCUCAAGCAUUUCUGUCCACAGCCACGCGUAGUUUCCCAUCACCUACAAAAGUGGCACAGGAAACCAAAACACCAAACAGAACUGACUCUGUGCUUUGCAUGCUUGGAUUCACAGCAUGCAAAAAGAACAAAUGUAAAUGUGCUGUCCAGGUGACCAGGGUCCAGUGUGUGCCUUCUUUUUCAUAUGUAAUGCCUUUACUCAAAAGUAAUCCGAGGAAUAAACCAUGAACGACUUUCUGAGACAUCUAAAUUGAGUAUGUAGCAACCAAACCUGCCAUCCCCAGCUCAGACAACAAAGUAUGCUUUCAGAGGACCAAGACUUUUUUAUAUGUGUUUUUUGCUCUGGUUUGUAAAUGACUCAGUGCUUAUGAGUUAUGUAAUUUGUAUAUACAGUGUGUUUAUUGCUUCAGUCUGCCUAUCUGGCGUUACAGAGAGAAGUGCCUUUGACUGGAAAUGGACAGACGUGGCUGGACUUAUGGCUUCAUAAGACCAACCUCAGAUUUUAAAACAAGAUUUUUACAGCGAGAUAACAAAGCUUUUGCUGACCAGCGUAUGCUGGCCACAAGUGUCACAUAAGUGGUUAAGACAUAUUGCAACACUAACACAAAUAGAGAUGUCAUAAAGUGAGCAAACCAACUUAGCAAUGUCCGUUCGGAUGAGCAUUUCAUUUCUUAGGAGUUCAGGUUGUCAUUUAUAACAUUUAUGCAGCUAUCAUUUCAAAAGCUGCAUAGUCUCGCUUCAAAUCCUAUUUGGUCGUUUGUAUGGACUUUUGUUGCGACAAAUAAAACUGAAUACAUUCACGACCAACAAUCAGCACUUAACCACAACACCUCCGGUAUUAGUAGUUAUUCUGUUACACCGACAAGUCACCUGAAGUCAAACGGCUCAGUCCAAGCUCUUUAUACACUAUUAGUAUACAAAAAACAGUCACAGGAUGUGGAGUCAUUUUUUU